AUGUCACCAGGAAACAGCUCAUGGAUUCAUCCUUCUUCUUUCCUGCUCUUGGGAAUCCCAGGACUGGAAGAGUUGCAGUUUUGGCUUGGUUUGCCAUUUGGAACAGUCUAUCUUAUUGCUGUCCUAGGGAAUGUCAUCAUUCUCUUUGUAAUCUAUCUUGAACACAGCCUUCACCAGCCUAUGUUCUACUUACUGGCCAUACUGGCUCUGACUGACUUGGGUCUAUCUACAGCAACUGUUCCCAGAGCACUUGGCAUAUUCUGGUUUGGCUUCCAUAAGAUUACCUUUAGGGAGUGUAUAGCUCAAAUGUUCUUCAUACAUCUGUUUACAGGCAUGGAAACAUUCAUACUUGUGGCUAUGGCCUUUGAUCGCUACAUUGCCAUCUGUAACCCUCUCCGAUAUAAUACUAUCCUCACCAACAGAAUGAUCUGCAUUAUUGCUGGAGUUGGACUAUUCAGAAAUUUCAUUUUGGUUUUUCCACUUAUAUUUCUCAUUCUAAGGCUUUCAUUCUGUGAGCAUAAUAUCAUACCUCACACAUACUGUGAGCACAUGGGUAUUGCCAGACUGGCAUGCAUCAGCAUCAAGGUUAACAUAUUGUUUGGAUUAUUACUCAUAUCUGUGAUAUUUCUGGAUGUUAUUUUGAUUGCUCUGUCCUAUGUGAAAAUUCUUCACGCUGUAUUCAAACUCCCAUCCUGGGAAGCCAGGCUCAAAGCUCUUAAUACCUGUGGUUCCCACGUGUGUGUGAUCUUGGCUUUCUUCACUCCAGCCCUUUUCUCCUUCUUGACUCAUCGAUUUGGGCACAAUAUUCCACAAUAUAUCCACAUCCUCCUUGCUAACUUAUAUGUAAUCAUUCCCCCGGCUCUUAACCCUAUUAUUUAUGGGGUGAGAACCAAGCAGAUUCGAGAUCGUGCAGUGAUGAUAUUGUUUUGCAAGGAUGUUUUACUGUAA